AUGAACUCGAGCCCGGCUUACAGUAACGGCUACCACCCACAGCAACAACAGCACGGAAUGAGGGAUAAAGUCCGCCGGGGAACACGUGCCAGGUCACGUGAGCUCAGAGAGAGCUUUAGCAGUGGUGGUAAUUUUGGCGGGCUUAGGGUUUCUGAGCAUGUUAAGCAGCAGCAGCAACAACAACAACAAGGAGCGCCUUGUACCGACUUCGACAUGGCCUAUUUCCACUCCUACGCCCACGUUGGUAUCCACGAAGAAAUGAUUAAGGAUCGUGUACGCACUGAAACUUAUAGGACGGCAAUCAUGCAGCACCAGAGUUCUAUAGCAGGCAAAGUUGUAGUGGAUGUUGGCUGUGGUACAGGCAUUCUUUCUAUAUUUUGUGCUCAAGCCGGUGCAAAACGUGUAUAUGCUGUUGAUGCAAGUGACAUUGCAGUGCAGGCAAAUGAAGUUGUGAAAGCAAACAAUCUAUCUGAAACAAUCAUUGUACUACAUGGGCGAGUUGAGGAUGUUGAUAUUGAUGAAGAGGUUGAUGUCAUAAUUUCAGAGUGGAUGGGCUACAUGCUUCUGUAUGAGAGCAUGCUGGGAAGUGUCAUCACGGCUAGAGAUCGCUGGCUAAAACCUGGAGGUCUAAUACUUCCUUCAAGUGCAACGUUGUACAUGGCACCCAUCACACAUUCUGAUAGAUACAGUGAAAGCAUUGAUUUCUGGCGCAAUGUUUAUGGAAUUGAUAUGUCUGCCAUGUUACCAUUGGCAAAACAGUGUGCGUUUGAAGAGCCAUGUGUUGAGACAAUCGUGGGUGAGAAUGUUUUGACAUGGCCACAUGUGGUUAAGCAAGUGGACUGCCAUACAAUCACACUUCAUGAGUUGGAAUCUGUUACAACAAACUAUAAAUUCAAAUCAAUGAUGCGAGCUCCACUACAUGGGUUUGCGUUUUGGUUUGAUGUCGAAUUCAGUGGGCCUGCAUUAGCUGGUACAAAUAAUCAUGCACCAUCCUCACUUAUUAGCAAUCAUCCAGUGGAUGGUCAGCAGAGGAAGAAACGAGCAAAUCCCAAUGAAGCACUGGUUCUGUCCACUGCACCUGAGGACCCCCCCAACGCAUUGGCAACAGGGAAGCAUGGACAAGUCAUUACAUUGCUUAACCUGUGCCCUUCUUGCUGCCCCAAACUCUCUGCAGACCUGGCUUCUCUGCAGAACUUUCUGGGUGACCUUGCGAUAACUUUUCCUUACAAUUGA